AUGAGCGACUGGGACGAUUUCUCCGUGUCUUCCGAUGGAGAGUCUGAUUCUUCAAUGAUUCGGCGUGGGGUACGUUUAUGAAAAUUGUUCCUCAUUGAACUCGUUUUCCCCUUGCAGCCUCUUACAACUUCAAUGAGUCCUCGUACUCCUCCUCCUCCGUUCGGGGAAACGGACAGCGAAGUGCGCUGGAUCCUGAAUCAUCUCCCGGCCCCUGAAGCUCGUCGCAGUGCCGGUUCUGUUGAGACUGUGCCGUCGGAGUCUUCCACUUGGUCUUCUCUGCCGUCGUUGUCGCCCGAAGAAGUGAGUUGUAGACUUAUUUACACGACUGAGGCCCUCCGAAUCCGCACAACAAAGCAAACAUGAGACAAACUGGCAAAAUAUAAUUGUUCAGGUCCUGUACCGAGAUCAAAGUGUGUCUACUCUGUCUACUCCGGAGUUGUGGUUCAGCUCUCUGACCAUCUCGUCUCCAUUGGAAUCGCAGCCACGCAGAACUGCAUUGAAUGCCGCUACUCCAGCUGAAAGCGUGACAACUUCUGCAGCAGACAACAACGGACCUGAGCAAGCGGUAUGUUCAUGUUUUCAAAAAAUAUACAGAAUUUUUAACUACAGAUUGGCUGUGUCACUCCCCAGUCUGAAAUUGCUCCAAGUCCAUCUCUGCCUUCCACUUUCCCACAGCACGGACAACAGUGA